GUGAUGCCGGGACCCCACUCCCUCCAGGGCGCUGCCUCCGGGGCCGGGGCAGACGGUGUCGGGGAGCGCCCCCGCCGCGGAGACCCGGGGUCCGCCGCUGCCCGCCGCCGCCUGGAGGGGGCGACCCACCGCCGCCGCCCGCCUCCGGGCUCCCAGCCGCAAGCCCCGGCACAGCCUGGACUUGGGGACCCGGCGCUCCGGACCCUGCACCCGCAGCUCCGGCGGCUGCAAGGUGAAGACGGAUAUUAGGAGUAUCUGGGUGACCAGACUGCAAAGGCUUCCUUCAGCUACAAAAAUGUCCACCAGUUGCGUCUUGAAGUGCCAUUAGCUGUAACUGAAGAUCCAGACCCCAAGACUAUAGCCAAGUAUUCCCAGUCCCAAGAACCGAAGACCAUGGAGCUCUCGGACAGCGACCGCCCCGUCAGCUUCGGCUCCACAUCAUCCUCCGCUUCUUCCCGGGACAGCCAUGGCUCCUUCGGCAGCCGAGUGACUUUAGUUUCCAACAGCCACUUGGGCCUGUUUCCCCAGGAUAAGGAAGCGGGGGCCAUAAAACUGGAGCUGAUCCCAGCCAGGCCGUUCUCCAGCAGCGAGCUGCAGAGGGAGCGCCUAGCCGGGCAGCAGAGCACAGACGCCGGCAGUGAGAGGCAGCCCCGGACCCAGCGGAGAGCGGAGGCGCACGGGGCCCCCGAAACAAGUGCGGAGGUGGCCAACAGCCCCAAGCUCCUCUACGUGGAUAGAGUUGUUCAGGAAAUCCUGGAGACCGAAAGGACUUACGUGCAAGAUUUAAAAAGCAUCGUAGAGGAUUACCUUGACUGCAUCAGGGACCAAACAAAACUUCCUCUGGGGACAGAAGAAAGAUCAGCCCUUUUUGGAAACAUACAAGAUAUCUACCACUUCAAUAGUGAACUUCUGCAAGAUUUGGAAAACUGUGAAAAUGACCCUGUGGCCAUAGCAGAAUGUUUCGUGUCCAAGAGUGAAGAGUUCCACAUUUACACCCAGUACUGCACGAACUACCCCAGAUCUGUGGCUGUGUUAACAGAGUGCAUGAGGAACAAGACCCUGGCCAAAUUCUUCAGGGAGCGUCAGGAGACUCUGAAGCACUCGCUGCCCCUGGGGUCCUACCUCCUGAAGCCAGUGCAGCGGAUUCUCAAGUAUCACCUCCUCCUGCAUGAAAUAGAAAAUCACCUCGACAAGGACACGGAGGGCUACGACGUGGUACUGGAUGCUAUAGACACCAUGCAGCGGGUGGCCUGGCACAUCAACGACAUGAAGCGGAAGCACGAGCACGCAGUCCGGCUGCAGGAGAUACAGAGUUUGCUCACUAACUGGAAGGGGCCCGACCUGACCAGCUACGGGGAACUGGUGCUCGAAGGGACCUUCCGCCUCCAGCGGGCCAAGAACGAGCGGACCCUCUUCCUCUUCGACAGGCUGCUUCUCAUCACCAAGAAGAGAGACGACACGUUUACAUACAAAGCUCACAUCCCGUGCGGCAACCUCAUGCUGGUGGAGGUGAUCCCCAAGGAGCCACUCAGCUUCAGCGUCUUCCACUACAAGAACCCGAAGCUGCAGCACACAGUUCAGGCGAAAUCGCAGCAGGACAAACGCCUGUGGAUUCUGCACCUGAAGAGGCUGAUCCUGGAGAAUCAUGCGGCCAAGAUUCCAGCAAAGGCCAAGCAAGCAAUACUUGAAAUGGAUGCCAUUCAUUAUCCAGGCUUCUGUUACGGCCCCGAGGGCGAGGCGAAGGCACUUUCCACCCCAUACCGGCCGAGGAGAAAAUCCGAACCUUCUUCAAGAUCACAUAAAGUUUUGAAGACCAGUGGAACAGCACAAGACAUCCAAAAGGUCUCUCGAGAGCAAAGGUCUCCCCAGCGGACUUCGGCAGGGCCGUCUCCUGCCCAGAGGAGCGGCCAGCCCAGCGGUUCUGCCAUCCUCAGCGUGCUUCGAGGGGGUGGAGCCGUCAGAAACAUCUGGACGGACCACCAGAUCAGGCAGGCCCUGUUUCCCAGUCGACGGUCCCCACAGGGGCACGAGGACGAUGAAGAUGAUUACCAGAUGUUUGUGCCAUCCUUUUCCUCUUCGGACUUGAACUCUAGCAGACUGUGUGAAGAUAGCACUUCGAGUCGCCCGUGCAGUUGGCACAUGGGACAGCUGGAGUCCACAGAGACCACCAGCUCCGGCCACAGGGUUGUUAGGCGAGCCAGCAGUGCCGGCGAGAGCAACACGUGCCCUCCCGAAAUAAGAAUCAGGGACAGCGAUGGCUCUCCGUACAGUCCCCGCAGGGAACUGCAGAAUGGCCCUAAAACAGAAGGGCAGGACGGGAUGACUCCUUUCGGGUCAGCUAUAGAGUUGACCCUUGACGAUAUAGACCACGUCUAUGACAACAUAAGUUACGAGGACUUAAAAGUAAUGGUUGCUCAACGGGAAGAAGCUGAAUCCACUCCCCCGAAGUCAACCAGGGACUCUGUUCGACCCAAGAGCACACCGGAGCUGGCCUUCUCGAAAAGCCAGGCUGGCCACGGGAAGAGCCCUGUGGACACAAACAGAGACAGACCUCUGGCAGGGCAAGAGGCAGCGGACCAAAGCACACGUGAGCUCGAGGUGGGUGAGGAAAACAUCUACGACACCAUCAGGCUCCCAGACCCACCCUCGCUGGGUUUCAAGUGCAGCAGCCUCCAGCGUCCCAGGAGGAGUACCUUCUUGGGUCUGGACGCCGACUUCGCCUGCUGUGACAGCCUGAGGCCCUUUGUCUCCCAGGACAGCCUCCAGUUCGGCGAGGACGAAACACCUAGCCAGCCAGGGCCCUCUGACGAUGACUACUUGAGUCUGCUGUACAACUCUUUCAGCUGCAACUUGCCUCUCGCUGCUGAUAAGUCUAUAUCGGACAGGCUGUCUGAAGAAGUCGACGAAAUCUGGAAUGACCUGGAAAAUUACAUCAAGAAAAACGAAGUCAAAGCCAGAGACCGGCUCCUCGCGGCAUUUCCCGUUAGCAAAGAUGACGUGCAAGACCGGCUGCAUGCCGAGAGCACGCCUGAGCUGAGCCGGGAUGCGGGCCGGGCCCUGUGGACACUCUCGCUCCCCGAGCGCCAGGCCCUCCUCACGCCGCUGCAGGACAGCCGGGCCAGCUGCCCCUUGGAAGAAGACCUCAUAUCCAAAGAAGGCUCCUUUCUGAGCCUGAACCAGCUCCCGUUGGCCAGCGAAGUGCCUCCCGUGGAGAACCCAUAUGACCUGGCCAACAGCAGUCUGUCCCAGACGGACCUUGGCAACCCUGACCCCGGGGUGGACACCACAGACAAGACCAAAAGCAGAGUGUUUAUGAUGGCCAGACAGUACAGUCAGAAGAUCAAGAAGGCAAAUCAGCUUUUAAAAGUGAAAAGCCCGGAGUUGGAGCAGCCACCGGCCAGCCAACAGCAAAAAUCUGUGCACAAAGACCUGGCGGCCAUCCUGGAAGACAAGAAGCAAGGAGGGCCUGCCAUCGGCGCCAGAAUCGCUGAGUACUCCCAGCUGUAUGACCAGAUUGUAUUCAGAGAGUCGCCCUUUAAAACUCAGAAGGAUGGCUGGGCCAGCCCUCAAGAAUCCUCCAGCCUCAGAACUAGGUCACCUUCCCAGGCCCAGCGUGGUAGUGAGGACUGGCUUCUGCAUUCAACGUAUAGUAAUGGAGAAUUAGCAGAUUUCUGUCCUCAGCUGGAGCGAGACUUGAAGCCGAAAUAUCCCACUUUGGAGCUCAACACAAAAAGUGCUCCCAGACACCUGUCCACAGCUUGCUCCGUACCUUCUCUUCAAACCCCAGACCGCCUGCUGGGGCCCCUGCAGAGACACAGCGUGGUCGUCAGCCAACCCAACAAAGAGAUCUCGUGUCCGGGCCAUCUUUAUAACUCUUUGGGUCGGAGAGGAAUCAGUGCGAAGUCUCAGCCUUAUAACAGGUCUCAGUCCUCUUCCUCCAUCUUGAUAAACAAGUCAGUGGAUUCCAUCAACUACCCCAAUGAAAUGGGAAGCAAACAGCUGCCAUCUUUACACAAAGGUCCCAGGUGUGAGAGUCACCAGGAGUUGCUGCCAGGGAUGGGUGACUCACGUCCACAGGAUCCUGGAAAACGCUCAGACCUCACUCUCCAAGACUCACAGAAAGUUCUGGUAGUAAAUCGAAAUUUACCUUUAAAUGCCCAAAUGGCUACCCAGAACUAUUUUUCCAAUUUCAAACAGACCGAAGGCGACGAAGAUGACUAUGUGGAAAUAAAGUCAGAAGAAGACGAGUCUGAGUUAGAGCUGUCUCACAGCCGCAGGAAGAAAUCGGACCCAAAGGCAAUGGAUGCUGACUUUCCCGAUGAUGUGGGCCGCAAGGACGCGUCUUACUCUUUGAACAGUCCGAGCACUCCCAAAAAGCCAGUGAGUGGCAAACUGGGGGCUUCUCCCUACCUGACACCAUACAACGAACCCGACAAACUGAAUGACUAUCUUUGGAGGAGCCCGUCUCCCAGUCAGCAGAACAUUGUCCAGAGUCUGAGGGAAAAAUUUCAGUGUCUUAGUUCCAGCAGCUUUGCCUAAGGUUCUCAGUAGUGGCUGCCCGAAUUAACUUCCUCCCGUGCUCGAGAGUAACAGAGCCUGACAGGCGUUUUAUAUGCCCCACAUUAAACAGUUUUGUAAUGACCAGAGGUGUAAAUGUACUUCCUUUUGCAGCACAACUUUUCGGAACGGCUGACGACCCAGCCGGGAUUGUACUGUAGCCGAUGUCAGCAUCUCUGUGUUUUCUAAUGCUGGUUGUCUUCCUGUUUCAUGUAAGUCAGUUUUACUUGAAAAUGUCUAGGUUUUCUUUUUUUAAUAAGAUGGCAAUAUCUUUUCCCCAUAUUCUGACAGUAGUGCCCACACUGUAAGAAAUGCAAUAUUCCUUUCAUUAUCCAGAAGCCACGAGUAGUUACAUCUUAGAACUGACUCAUUAGAGGCAGCCAGGAAGCUCCUCCCUGUUUUUAAAAGGAAACUAAAGCUGUUUAAAGGAUUAUGCUUAUUAUCUCCGGCAGUCUGGUUUCAUCUGUGGCGAGAGCCUAGACUAAUUGAAGCUGAAGAUCUCUAACUGGACUGUAGUCCAUGGUGCCCAUUUUAGGGUUUCUGUUCUGGUAACCCUACAUCAGUUUAUCGGGAUGCAGAACUGGUGUAACUAUUGGAAAUUAGAAUGUAAUGAGACCAAUUUUCAAAAACAAAAACCUUUACCCGGAUUCCUGGAAAUGCCUCAAGAAUGUGCUGCUCAUCACAUUUAUUUUACGAUUUCUAGGGUGUAACAAAUUAUUCUUUCAAUGGCUUAGAGGAAACCAAGGGCAAGAAAAUGCAAGUUGACUUAACUGUUAGAAAAGAUGGGUUGACAUCUGGGAACAGCUUGAUUAUCUGCUCAUGUAUCAGUGGAAGGGCUGGGACAAAUAAGGACCAGUCUGACUAUUUUUUUGUGUCUGCCUCUGAUCAACUCAAAGUAAACCACAAGUUAAAAAUACAAAAAAGCACUUUAAAGUUCCCCUUUCCAGAGCCAUUUUUCCCACCUACUUUGCUGACUUUUGUACUCAGCCGAAUGACCUCAUCUCGGCCUGCAGGGUUUCCUCCACGGCCAUGAGAUUCCUUCCCUACAGCAAACAGAGUGGAGGUGCUUUUUCCCAUUGUCCUGAGGUAAAUAAGGGAAGGGAAUCUUUGGUGAACAAGUUCUGGCUGAUAACAUCUUUCAUGUUGUGAUUCUGGUCUUUAAGUCGCCGUUGGAGUGAUAGGUUGGGUUACUCUAACUCUCUAUGGAGGGAAACUAAAAACAAAAGCAAAACCCUGUGAGUAAAAGGCAAAACCAAUGAGGCUAAAGAGGAACAUGAAGGCAGGUCGGUGGUUCCUUUAUAAAAACACGAUUUCAGUGAAGACCCAAGAACGUCUCUCCAACAGCGGCUUCUGCAGCCUCACUUUAAGCAGUUUUACACCUGCGGCCCUCCUCCCCUCCCCUCUGAGUUUUCACUUUGAAAGACAGGAUAGUGAGAACAGAAGAAGGGGUCUGGGCUCUGCAUCUGAAGGUGAGCAAGGAUAUAUCGAUUUGUAUCAGUGACGCCUUAUUGUUGAGUUAUCGCCAUUCCUUUCCCCUUUUUAAGCCCUGUGCCUCUUUUUCUUAACUGUAAAACAUAAAACGUUACCACCAUUACUGUGCAAACAGGUACCUAAGGCAUUCGUUUUUCUUUUUCAAUAACAAAAAGUAACCCAGGUUUCUUGCUUCUCCACACGAUUCUUCUUGUAGCUUCUAAAACAAAGUCCACACUGAAUGGCAUGGUUCUGGGGUCAUUUCUGCUUUCCAUUCCUUUCUUUAAAUGUGUUAGGAGCUUUCAAGAUCAGCAGUAUCAGCAAAGACCAGCACUGUGAGAAGACAUUUUCUUAGACUCGCUGGGGGUCCUUGUCAGUGCGCGGAAAACAAAGUUACCUAACUCUUCUUGCCCCAAGAAUGCAGUCGUGCCCUUUGCCUUUUCCUUUCUGUGACCAAAAUUCCACCGAGUCCAAAUUGCUGUGGUGUCUUUCUCGGGAAGGAUUCAUUCUUAACACCAAGGCCUUGGUGACAGCUUUGAUAUCCCCCCGUGGGAAUACACCCCACGGCCAGUGUGGAGGUUGUACUAUAGAAAAUGUCUAUAUGGUCCUCUUUAGUUCCUGGGACAGAUCUCUAAUUUUAUAGAUUGCAUCUGUCACCAGGAUGCAGAUUUUGAGAGCCGUGUGUGUAUAUAUAAAAUCAUGUUUGUAUCUUUCCUCAAAGUUAUCCAUUAAGUGCUUUUGUUUGAAAUAGUUGGUUUUGGAGGUGGGGUGAGGCUGUAUACAACUGAAGAAAAAGGGGUAUAUGUACUUCAAAAUAUGUCACGUUUUUAUUAGGUCUGUGUACUGAAGGUUGAAGUUUUUUUAUCAGCUCACUUUUCUCCUACUCUAUUCUUUGUGCAAAAAAAAAAUUCAUCUAAGAAAACAUAGUUUAAAUAUUGUAUAUAAGUUCAUGAAAGUAAUGCUCAUUAUUUAAUAAAGUUUA